UUCAAAAGGAUAAGAUUCAAAAAAUGCAAAUGUAAGUAAAAUUUCUCUCACGCCGACUCGACCCAAACUCAAUCCCAACGCACCGAGUCAACUCGUUCCCCAUGCAACUCACCAAUCUCCUAUUCACCUCCGUCGCCCACAAAGCCCCUCCAGUUCUCUUCCCCAAAGUGAAAGCGCUCAAUUCCAACUCGCCCGAGUCACUCACUCUCUCCCAGACCCUCCAAUCCGAAACCCUCGAAACCCUAGAAUGGCCCUCACUCUGCAAACAACUCUCAUCGUUCACGUCCACCACCAUGGGAUUCUCGGCCGCGCAGAAAGCCAAGAUCCCCUUGGGCCAAACCCCGGAGGAGAGCCACAAGCUUCUCGAUCAGACGGCGGCGGCAGCGUCGGCGAUGAUGGAUUCUCCACCAUUGGAUUUCUCGGGAAUCGAGGACGUCUCGGGGAUUUUGAACUCGGCUGUUUCGCGCGAGUUGCUCUCGAUUUCGGAGCUCUGCGCGAUUCGGCGAACGCUCCGAGCCGCGAAGCUCUUGUUCGAGAAGGUGAAACAGUUGGUUAAUACCGGAGAUUGCUCUGAAACUGAAAGGUACUUGCCUCUGCUUGAAAUACUUAAGCACUGCAAUUUCCAAGUGGAGUUAGAGCAUAAAAUAGGAUUUUGCAUUGAUUGCAAUUUGUUAAUAAUCCUUGAUAGAGCUAGUGAAGAUUUGGAGAUCAUUAGGUCAGAAAGGAAGAGGAACUCGGAAAGUUUGGAUUCUUUGUUGAAGGGAGUGUCAUCUCAGAUUUUUCAGGCUGGGGCAAUUGACAGACCUCUCAUAACCAAGCGUCGGUCUAGAAUGUGUGUUGGUAUUAGGGCUUCCCACCGACAUCUACUUCCAGAUGGUGUAAUAUUAAAUGUUAGUGGUUCUGGUGCAACAUACUUUAUGGAACCCAAAGAAGCUAUAGAGUUGAACAACAUGGAAGUGAAGCUUUCAAACUCUGAGAAAGCUGAGGAGAUAGCAAUUUUGAGCUUACUUACAUCUGAAAUAGCGGAAUCAGAAAUAGAGAUAAGGUAUUUGUUGGAUAGAAUUUUAGAAGUUGAUCUUGCUUUUGCAAGGGCUGCCUAUGCUCAGUGGAUGAAUGGGGUCUGUCCAAUUAUCACUUCACAGGGUUGUGAGGCAAUAAAUUUUAGUGAAGAAGAAGAUUGUGCUCUGUCAGUAGAUAUUGAUGGUAUACAACAUCCUCUGCUCCUUGAAUCCUCUCUGAGAAGUUCUUCAGAUGUCAUCACAUCCAACUCUGGCAAUUCAGUUCACUUGGGUGAUGGAAAUGGCACAAUGACUUCUUUAAGUAUGUUAAGAGGUGCAUCUGCUUAUCCUGUGCCAAUAGACAUUAAAAUUAAAUGUGGAACCAGGGUGGUUGUGAUAUCAGGGCCAAAUACAGGAGGGAAAACUGCUUCCAUGAAAACCUUAGGUGUGGCAUCUCUUAUGUCAAAGGCUGGCAUGUUUUUACCUGCUAAGAACCGCCCACAAAUUCCAUGGUUCGAUCUUGUUCUAGCUGAUAUUGGAGAUCACCAGUCUUUGGAACAAAGUCUCUCAACUUUUAGUGGUCACAUAACACGGAUCUGUAACAUCUUAGAAGUGGCCUCAAGAGAAUCACUUGUCCUCAUUGAUGAAAUUGGUAGUGGAACAGAUCCUUCAGAAGGUGUGGCCCUUUCCACCAGCAUCUUGCAGUAUCUCAAAGACUGUGUUAACUUGGCCGUUGUGACCACUCACUAUGCGGAUUUGAGUCUCCUGAAAGAAAAGGAUAGUCAGUUCGAGAAUGCAGCCAUGGAAUUUUCACUAGAAACCUUACAACCUACUUAUCAGGUCCUCUGGGGAAGCACUGGGAAUUCAAAUGCCUUGAGUAUUGCUAAAUCAAUUGGUUUUGAUCUAAAUAUAAUUGAACGUGCACAACAAUGGGUGGAACAAUUAAAGCCUGAAAAUCAGCAAGAGCGGAAAGGUUUGUUAUAUCAAUCACUAGUAGAGGAAAGAAACAGAUUAGAAGCUCAGGCCAGAAGAGCUGGAUCUCUUCACGCAGAAAUUUUGGAUCUGUAUCAUGAGAUCCAAAAUGAAGCAGAGGAUCUUGGUGGGCGUGAGACAGCUCUUAGGGUGAAGGAAACCCAACAGGUCCAGCAAGAAUUAAAGACUGCAAAAUCUCAGCUGGAUGUUGUGAUACAGGAGUUUGAAAAUGGACUCAGAAUUGCCAGUGCUGAUCAGUUUAAUUCACUGAUCAAGAAAUCAGAAUCAGAAAUUGCCUCUAUAGUUGAAGCUCACUGUCCUCGUGAUGCUUAUUCUGUCAAUGAUACAGAUUCCAAAUCUUAUACACCUCAAAUUGGAGAGCAAGUCCAGGUGACGGGAUUGGGACGUAAGUUAGCUACUGUGGUUGAAGCACCUGAAGAUGAUGAAACUGUCCUAGUACAACAUGGUCAAAUAAAGGUCCGCGUAAAGAAAAGCAACAUCAGAUCUAUUGCAAGUAGCGAAAGGAAUACUGAAACUAGAUAUGCCCCACGUUUGAGAAGGCAGGGUCAGCAGAGCAAAAAGCUCCAGGCUCUUCCAGAGCCAAAAAAGGGCGAGGAGGUUUCAUAUGGCCCAUUGGUGCAGACAUCAAAGAACACAGUGGAUUUACGUGGUAAACGAGUGGAAGAAGCUUCGUACCACCUCGAAAUGGCCAUCUCUGCAAGUGGACCAUAUUCGGUUCUAUUUGUCAUACAUGGGAUGGGCACUGGGGCUGUUAAGGAGCGUGCACUUGAGAUAUUAAACAAUCAUCCACGUAUAGUCAAGUAUGAACAAGAAAGUCCAAUGAAUUAUGGAUGUACAGUUGCUUAUAUUAAGUGAAACCUCAGUUGCUUGGUCCAAUGAAGUAUGUCAUACUUGUGACCAGUUUUGAAUUGUAUAUAUACAUGGGUUGAAUGACUCACAGUCAGUAAUCAUAGUUCAUUGAGUUUGAUUC